GUUUUUUAUUAGAAAAGGUGACGGGCGACUUUUCAAUUUUUGCUGGGAAAUUCUUAAAUUACAUCGUCGUGACAUCCACGGCAGGAGACGGAGCUAACUAGAUACCGUAACUAAAGCCUUUGGCAAAUGUUGGAAUACAGCCAUUUUAAACACAGAGCCGGCCAAGAUGGCGCAAAAGCUCCUAUGUUGUACAGACAACCUUCUUCUGUUACCAGUAUGCGGGGUGUUCAUGACUCUACUUGGCCUGGUCCUACUGAUCAUCUAUCUCGUUGCAAGAGGCAUAACAUCAUCGCUCUAUCUCGUGGAUGCCCCAAUACCAGCAUACCUGACUGCACUUCUAACUAUUGCCAUCGGUGUUUUCUUAAUAAUUCUAUUAAAGAAGAGGCAUGUCAUUUUGGUAUGCCUGACGAUAUUGGCUAGUGUGAUUGACCUGAUAGUGUGUAUCGUCCACACCAUCACUGCUGCUCUGGUUUCCAUCCCGUUCCUUGGAAGCUUCUCGGUCUGUGUCCUGAGAGCGACUAGCUCCGAAUGCCAGUGUUAUAUUCUAGGGGAUGGCAGUACCAAUAGCACUGUCAUUGUACCUGGAGAUGAAACUAAGCACUAUACCUUCCAAGAUGUGAAAAGUUGUGGCUCUAUCGAGGUCACUUUGAGGGACUUCCUGUAUACCCUAUCCAUUGUGUACAGCUUUGGUGCCAUUGGUUGUUUGGUCUCUGCCAUCCUUUCAACACUAAUACUAUGCAGCAAUAGAAGGUCUAGCAAAGAUGAGGUUGAAGAGGAAGUUCUUCCUUCAAGAGAAAGAAGCAAUCAACAAACAAACCAACAUGAAGAAGAAUCUCGAGGAAGAAGCAGUACUGCUCAAAGACCUUUGGAGGAAGCAACCAGCCAAGGGACACCUGUACAGUCUGGAUCAGGAAAUGAAGCCUUGUUGACUCACCAGGGUGCCAGGUCUCAGAACUCUGUAGGAAGAACACCUGAAAGACCAGUGAGAAGAGCAGCAAGUGUAGGAAGAUCUCCUGAAAGACCAGUGAGAAGAACAGCUAGUGUGAACUCUCCAACACGUGGUGUAACCAUACAUGAAGCAGUUACGCCAAGCAGCCGUGCGGGAUCUGCUCUACGCAUCCAUACUCUUGGUCCAGCGAGUGGGGAAAGUGGUGCGAGACAGAGACCAAGACCUCCUCUCCUGGUCCGCAGUGGCUACCUUCAGAGUCACGUCAAUGGGCCCAGAAUACCAGUCUAUACGGUCCAUGGGUCCAAUGAGUCCUACAUAUCCCUCGUAGACCUACCUAAACUGCAGCUGCCUGCGCUUAGUCAGGUUCCAGCCUAUGUUCGAGAACUACCAGGUCUUCCUAAUUAUGAGCCCCCACCAUACAGCCCCACUGCAGAAAUACCAGAGAGACCCGACUCUGGGGGGCAAACAAUCCCUUCACCUCCAGUACGACAAUGUUUGUUUGGAGAAGAUGCUAACUCAGAACAAAAUGAAUUCCAGGAAUUAGAGCUUCAAGCACCAAUGGCAACUGACCCCUUUAGAGCAAGAGAAGAACUAGGAGAUUCUGCAGAUGAACAGAUACCGCUAGAAACGGAUGUUUCAUUGGAAACUUCAAACCCACCUAAUUGUGUCGUGCAAGAGAAUAACAUUGAUCCAGACCCUCUUGUAUCAGAAGAAACUAAUGAUGCAAUCCUAAACCUUGCCAUUCCGGAGACUAAUGAAAAUAGCAUGGAUGCAGGAAUUGCCAAUCCAGUGUUUGAGGGGGAGGAAACAGAUAUUGUGGAAGACAUUAAUCAGCCACCGGAUAUUCUGAUGGAGGCUAUCGAAUCAGCAAGGUCAAGCUUGAAUACAUCCACAAAUAUUCAAGAUGCUUCUGUAAAUUCCACACCACAGGACUCCAGAAGGACGGCAUCUACGGUCCGAGUUUCAGGGUUGAUCUCUAAUGAGAGUUCUACUGACUCCCAGGCAGAGGUAACAUUAAGAACUUCAGAAAUCAAACAGGAUACAAGGCAGAAUCCUCAAAAUGAUAUGAAUCGCCCAAAGAGAUCGACACGAUUGCAGCAUCAAACCACAAAUCCCCAAGAACAUUCUCUUGAGCCUUUGCAGAGACAUAAAGGUCUUGCAAGUGAUCAAACAAGGGGAAAAAGUUUGAAAACCCUUCCUAUCAAUAUCAGUCCAGACGCUAGAUCCAGGGAAGUUAGGAGAAGUAGAAGUUUGUGUGCUUCAAGGAAUCCAGGGCCUGAUCGUCCGCUUCAGGAGAUUCAGUCCUCAUCAAAUAAAGGCAAAAGACGUUCUGAAACCUACGGUAGAAAGAGAAAUGUGGAGAAUGGUGCUAGGAGAAAGGAUUACUGGCAUGUGGGUGAAGAAAGAAGUAGUGGUUUGCGAUAUAAGCCCACCACAUCAGAAAUCAAACUCAUUCCUGAAAUAGCCCUACAGAGAAGCUAUGAUUACGUCAGGUCAAGACGGCCUAACGUAUCAAGUGGUGAAAAUGACAUCAGUAUUGUGGAAGAGGCAAGUUCUCUUUCAGCCAAACACUCUUCAAAAAAGAGGAAGAAACCAAAGGAAUCAAGAAGGACUGAUACACAAGCUGAGAGUAGAAUUUAAAGAAGAUAAACAAAUUGUACAGCUAGUAAUGGUGCUAAACAAAAGAGUUACAGGCAUGUGCCUGACGAAAACAAAAUGUCAGAUUUUGACUUUAUUUUCUCCAAAUUGCAUUCCUCAACGUUGUUUUGUAACACAAAGAUUUAGACAAGUAUGUCCAAAUAGUAAUAUAUGAACAGUAUUUUUUUUCAUGUUACAUUUAUUUUGGACAACAAAAUUAUGGACAUGCAUGUAUAAAGUGCAGUAUAUUUACAUUAUUGUUUUUACAUCCAAAGCACCCCUCCCCCCAAAACAUGACAUAAUGGUGCAUGUUAAAUUAUUGAACCCCCAAUGCCUGCCUUGUUUCAGAACUGCCACUCUACUAUUCCAAUUGAAUUAUAACAGUCAAUGGCCUGUAUUCAAAGUCUGGUUUAAAUUACACCAUAUGUCUAGCUCUGUGCUUAAAUUAUGGAAGCCAAAAUCAUCAAAAUGUUUCUGACUUUGUAAAUAUAUGUUUACUGUACUCUUUCCUAAUUCGUUUAUGGUGAACACAACACUCUUAUUUCCAGACAGUUCAGAAUGAACUGAGCGCGUCAUGGUCUAAUGGUUUUGAUUCUCGACUUUCAAACAGAGGGUCAUUGGUUUGAAUCCUAGUCAUGGCGUCUUUUCCUUCAGCAAGAAAUUUAUGCAGUGUGCUGCACUCGACCCAGGUGAGGUAAAUGGGUACCGGCAGGAAGUAAUUCCUCAAAAAGCUGUGCGCACCAGAAUCAGUAGACUAGCUUACCCGGGGUAAUAUAAGAGCGCCUUGAGUACCUAGCAAGGUGGAUACAUGCGCUAUACAAAUCCUAUAUUAUUAUCAUAAUGAUUUUUUUUUUGUCAAAUGAGCUGAUAAAUCAGAGCUGUACUGUUAGAGAUUUGUCUCAAUUGGCUAUCCAUAGUUGAACCACAAAUUUAGACCAGUUUUAAUUAAAACCGAAUACAGAAAAUGGAGUCAAAACAGAAUGCAAAGAUGACCCAAGUGUUUAUAACUUUAAAUAAAAAAAAAAAUUGCCGAUUCGAAUAGAAAACAAGCAAUUGCUUAGAAAUUAACAAAAAUGAGCAGUUAGGGGUUUUCCAAGCAACAUCUGUGUUGGAGAUCUUCAACGUGAUAAUGUUUUUGCUUAGAAUUCACAACUUCACAAGAUUUAUAUAGAUAUACAUUGAUACAGUGACAAUUUCACUCAAUUUUUAAGCCUUUAAUCCCUUGAUAUUCAUUGUUCACUCCAAUUACAUUAGUUAAGCUCAUGAGAAAUAUUCAGUUGCAUGCAGAAUUGUUCAAACCCUGUGGUACAAUGAGUCUUUAUUUUUGUAAAAUUCUUAUUUACAAUUUUUAUUCUUUAUGGAAUGAAAUAUUGUAAAAUCAACCAAAUCAUACAUCAAAUUCAAGACAAGGCUAUAGCCUUCAAUUUAAUCAGCAUUAGUAAUUAUGUUCAUUCAUAUUUGAACAAAUAUGGUCAGAUAUGGCAAAUAAACGGUCAUUUCAUUUUGUAAAUCAUGUUAGACGUGUAAUUUUCAGAGUGUAAUUAUAUUUACCAAUGACAAUAGUCAUUUUAUUUGUUCACUGUAUAAAAUGCUGCAUCAAUAUUUGGUCACCUUGAUGAAAAAGAGGCUCCUGUAUACCGAUAUUUAUAUAUUUAUAUUUGGUGUGUGUGUGUGUUUAUAUAUGAAAUAAAGCUUUUAUUUUUGUAGACAUUUAAACUGCACAUUAUACUAUCAUAUGUAUUUAGCACAUCUACAUUGUAAUCAAGUUCAGCCGGUUUUUCUUUUAUGUUUACUCAAAAUUUGAUAC